AUGGAUGAUGAAAAUGCAGAUGCUUCCCCUGCAUCUUAUCCUGGACUGGCAGAGGUUAUAGAGAGCGUGCAGUUGUUGAAAAAAGAAUUGAGUGAUGGAUUAAAGGAUAUACAAGACAAGCUCGAUGCACAAGAUGCCAGAAUCAUAGCUGUUGAAGCAUUUGUGAAGAAUGCACAAAAUAGUGUACCUGAUAUGGAUGAUGAGUGGAGAGGUACAGACUAUAAUGAUAUUGGUUAUGAUUUCAGUGUUGAUAGGGCUAGAAAAGAUCAAGGAACAGACACUGCUGGUAAAGGAACAGAAGCAGGGAGUGUUGGCAAAGAAGGUGAAGCAAGUAAAGGAGCAGAAGCAAGUAACAAAGAAGCACAACAAACGGAAGAUAUUUUAAUGGAAGAAGCAAGUAAUAGAGAUGUUGUCAUGGAGGGGGGAGUAGCUGUGAAUGAACCAGAGGGUGAUAGCAUGAAAGAAUCUGAGAGUGUGAUGGACCCGAGUGUGAUCGCUGCGGAAAGUCAAAUUGAAUCAGAGGGUGAGACUGUUGAGCGUACUCCUAGUGUCGUGGUGAAGAGAAGAAAUCAAAAACUGAAAAUUUUAUCAUCUAAGAAGAAGAGGAUUAGAAGGCCUUCUCGUUUCCAACUGUCUCAUUUUGAUCAUUGA